GAGCGCAAUGUCGCGUGCGCUGCAUGCAAGGCCUGUCAGAGCUAGGAAGCGGUGUGUAUGCGGUCAGGUCAUGAUUUUAUCAGUCGAACAACCAAAUUCUCGUUAAUUGUUAGCGUAAAAUAUUCGUUUGCAACACCUUUACAUGAACCGUGGAUAUUAAUAUAGAAGGGAAUAACCGGAGUUGAAUUCCCGGCAGGAAGCUGUUGUCUUUGUGGUAAUGUCCAUAGACGUGCGUGUUGUGUGAAUGCUCUGACAUCAAUUUGCCAGGACGUCACCAUGAAUAAAAACAAAAGGGAGAAGGAAUUCUACAGUAUAGAUGUGGGAGAUUCAACAUUCACAGUUCUGAAGCGUUAUCAGAACCUGAGACCGAUCGGCUCAGGAGCACAGGGAAUAGUCUGUUCAGCGUAUGACCAACAUCUUGAAAGAAAUGUAGCUAUUAAGAAACUUAGCCGGCCAUUUCAGAAUCAGACUCACGCCAAGCGAGCAUACAGAGAGCUGGUGCUAAUGAAGUGUGUCAACCAUAAAAAUAUUAUUGGCCUUUUAAAUGUGUUUACACCACAAAAAACAUUAGAAGAAUUUCAAGACGUUUACCUUGUAAUGGAGCUGAUGGAUGCCAACCUUUGCCAAGUCAUUCAGAUGGAGCUUGACCAUGAGCGGCUGUCCUAUCUGCUGUACCAGAUGCUGUGUGGAAUUAAACACCUCCACGCGGCAGGGAUCAUCCACAGGGACCUGAAACCUAGUAACAUAGUAGUCAAGUCAGAUUGUACACUAAAGAUCCUGGACUUUGGCUUGGCCCGGACAGCGGCCACUGGUUUGCUGAUGACACCAUAUGUGGUGACCCGCUACUACAGAGCCCCUGAAGUCAUCCUGGGAAUGGGAUAUCAAGCCAACGUUGAUGUCUGGUCUGUUGGCUGUAUCAUGGCUGAAAUGGUCAGAGGUAGUGUGUUGUUUCCAGGCACUGAUCAUAUUGAUCAGUGGAACAAAGUCAUUGAGCAGCUGGGGACCCCAUCCCAAGAGUUCCUGAUGAAACUCAAUCAGUCCGUAAGGACAUAUGUGGAGAACCGUCCUCGCUAUGCUGGAUAUAGCUUCGAGAAGCUUUUCCCUGAUGUUCUUUUUCCUGCUGAUUCAGAUCACAACAAACUCAAAGCGAGCCAGGCCCGAGAUCUGCUUUCCAAAAUGCUUGUUAUAGAUGCUUCCAAGCGCAUCUCGGUAGAUGAAGCUCUUCAGCACCCCUACAUCAAUGUGUGGUAUGAUCCAGCUGAGGUUGAGGCUCCCCCUCCGGUGAUCACUGACAAGCAGUUGGAUGAAAGGGAGCACACAGUGGAGGAGUGGAAAGAGUUGAUUUAUAAGGAAGUGCUGGACUGGGAGGACAGGACGAAGAACGGUGUCAUUCGUGGCCAGCCCUCCCCUUUAGGUGGAGCAGUAGUCAAUGGCUCGCCUCAGGCUUCCUCCUCCUCCUCCAUCAACGAUGUGUCCUCCAUGUCUACAGAGCCCACCAUGGCGUCAGACACAGACAGCAGUCUGGAGGCCACAGCCGGAGCACUGAGCUGCUGCAGAUGACUAUCACCUUCCCCUGGAGCAUCGCUAUGUGUUGCAUGGUAUCAGAUUUAGGCCAGUCAGUUUUGCUUUUCUUAAUGCUCAUCCUUUAAAGGUCUUUUUUAAUCUCUAUUUUUAUUGGCUGAAGAAGGUUUGCAAUGCAAAGGCAAAUGUAAAUACACAGGCAGUGAUAAGUGUGUAGGUUGGCGUUAUUUGCUUCCUCUCUAAAUACUGCAAUAUUCCAUCGUCAUUUUAUUCUCCCUGUCAAGAAGCUCCAGCAGCCCCUAACUACUGAACGUGAGUACUUUUAACACGCUCACACUAUUAUUCCUGUCAGAGAACAUAUUGGUGUAGAAUGUAAAGACUAAAUUGUAAAUAUAUAUAUUUUUAUUUAUUUUCUUUUACUUUAUAUUUGUGGGUGUUUUACGUUUGAGUGGAUAUAUAUUUGGAGCUACACGCUUCCUUAAAGUAUUUUGAUCAUUUAGAUAGUGAAUGUAAAAUAUUAAAUAGUGCAUAAAUUGCUCACAGUGUAGAAUAGCUAUUUAAUUUUUGUUGCUUUUCAGAUGGUUUCAUCUGCUUGGUGAUUUUUACAACUCAGACCUGGGUUUUAUUUGUACAUUUUUGUUAGAGCAAGGAAUCAUUUAUGGCAUCCAAACUACUUAAUAUACACAGUAUAAAGGUUAUUUAAUGAGGCAGCAUGGAUCCUUAGUUCAGCUUUUGGUCUACAUUUUUUUCUUUUUAAUUAAUUUAUUUUUCUGGUUGAUUGUGGCAAAUGACUCUGAGAUAUUGUCUGUCAAUCAUCUAAUAAUGGCUUUCAGAAUCAUUAUUCCCAAUUUUGGUACAGCCGAUUUGAACUGUAAUUCACAUUUUACGUUAAAUGGAUAUUUAAUCCAGUUGAAACUGUAGUAAAGGUAGUUCUCUUAUACUUGAAAUGCUGUCCUGCAUUGAAUGUGGAGUAGGUCACUGCAAAUGAAGGAAAGUAUUCUCAUUUUUGUAUUGUAAAAUCUAUUUAUAGUUCAUGACGUCAUCUGAUUUAUUUUUGUGACAAAAAUAUUUCACUGUUCUUUAAAGGUAUUUUUAUUUAUAUUUUUGGAAAUGACGGAAAGGUUUGUAAUGACUGGUGCUGUAAAAAUAAAUGUGUAGUGUUUUAAGUAUGUCGGUUGCAUUAGCUGCUGCUGUACUGCGGUGCGGAAGUCUUUUACAUUAAUUGCUGAAAGUUUCAGGUGGGGGGGGCACUUUUCUCCUUUCAUGUAAGACUGAAAAGGAAGCUGUUGAUUCUGAAUCAUGUUUAUGAAUGUUGAACAUUAGUGAGGACGUUGACACUGUUUUGUAUGUUUUGCUUUUUAAUAAGAAAACCCUUGAACCAGGUUGUGGGUUUACAUCAUUUUCUAAUUUUAAAGUGCUCUUAUGACAGAACGCCCCAUUGGAAAGUGUUAACUGCUGUAGAUUAACGUGGAAGUAAAUUGGAAUUAUAGUUUCACCUGGCAAUAAAUUAGAAUUUGCACAAAAGCUGUUAGCAUGUAUUAUGUUAACAGGGGACAGAGCAGGAUCAGCUUCAGUAAAAUUUGAACUACCUCACGAUUAAUUUCCCAUUUUAGUUUCUCUGUGAAUUUUAUCAUUUGUGUGUUUUUUUUAUUUAUUUGUUUCAAAGUCGUAAUUUUUACAGUGUUAGCAGUGAGUGUAUGGAUUUGUGCAAAUGAUCUGUUUGUAGAUUGUGCACCAUGUAGUUUUAAAUGAGUGGGUGAAUAGCUACCACAACCCUCAGUAGGAUAAAUGAGGAACAUUACUAUGAUUUGCUCUUACUCUAUCGCUCUCGUUUUGUCAGUUCCUGUAGAACACUCUUUGAAAUCUUUUCCUAUUAGUAAUGAGAAUCCUGUCAUUUCGAUUUUUCUUUCUGAGAUGGAGCUGAAAGGAGUUGUGUAUGAUGUGGGCCAUGUGGUUCUUUUUGUUUUUUACUGAUAAACCAGUCUGAACCUAAUAUAAGAGCCUAGUUUAUUACACUUACACAUUUGAUUUGGAUGCUUGUAGCAUUUGGAAACUUCACACUAGCCACUAAAUAUAACCAUACACAACUUGGACAUUUCUUCAACUACAUGGGAUACUAAUGGAGCUAAGCUGAGAAUGCAAAAUACCCAUUUUCAGGAAGACUACACGAGAUGGUGAUGGCUGCAGUAGAACGCUCCACACAUGCAGUUAUAUGUAAAGCUCAUCAGUGUAUACCACACCAUUAGAGUGCCCUGGCAUUCAACAGUGUUGUAACCACUGCAAAUAAACACGAAUCAAAAUUA